AUGUGGGAAUCUUUGAAGAAGUCCAGGCUGUAUAUCAACGCAGGUGUUGUGGGUCGGACUGUCCUGGGCGCGAGCGAGGAGGACGUUAAAUUGACGUUUGAAGUAAACAUGUUGGGCGUCAUGUGGUGUCUUAAGACCUUUUUGCCUACUAUGAUCACAGCCAACCACGGUCACGUUCUCAUUACCUCGUCGGCUACAGCUUUCGUCACUGUUGCUGGCGCGGUGGACUACAGCGCCAGUAAAGCAGCUGUCACUUCUAUCCACGAGGGCAUCCAGACGGAACUGAAGCACAAGCAUGGCAAUCCGACUGUGCAAUCGAGCGCCAUAUUUCCUGCUACAAUCACCACUAAAAUGUUCGAGGGGAUCAAAGGCGGAGGCGGAUUCUUUCUUCCCGUUCUCAGCCCAGAUGCAGUAGCAGAGAGAAUGCUGAGCAUUCUCGUUAAGGGAGAGAGUGAGAUAGCGAUGAUGCCAGCCAUGUCGAAUGUCAACCCAUGGAUACGGUGUCUCCCUGUCUGGAUGCGUGUAGGUGCACAAGACGCAGGAGCUUCUUCCAUGGAUCAUCUUGCAGUUGCCAAAAGAUAG